AUGUCAUCGUUUACUGAAAUUCCAACUUUGGUUCUGACAGGGGUUGGCCUUGCACCAUUUGGUGGCGGACUCGGACAGCGGCUGUACUGCUACGGCAACGAGGCGACGAAGAUGUCGAGGGUGGCAUCAUUGCUAUUUUCUGGAUGUGACGCGGCAGUGACCGGGGCGGCAUGCAGCAUUGCCCGGUCGGUUUCUACAGGACUAGACGAGAAAGGCAGUGGUCGGGGCCUUGUGGCGCCAGUAUGGACGAUGAUGCAGGCGUACAUGUUCCGCGGUGGUGGUACGUCAGGGGCUGCGUAUCUCGCAGUAGCCGUGCUGCUGCAUCAGGUGCGGCGAACCCUAUGUCCAGAACUGGGUGACUACGUGCUGUCAAAUGCGGGCGAGGACUGGCGGCUGGUUCUUGCGCGACCAGAUGUCUUCUUGGAGCAGGUGCUGGUGACGGCCUCCUGGCGACGGUUGCUGCAGAGCAGCGUGCAGAAACGGGCUUUGGACGUAGUCGCCGGCGGCGGUUGCUCGCUGCUCCUGGCGGCGGACGACGGCGUCCUGGCGGCGGUUGUUCAGCGAGGUAUCGGUCUGCUGUCCCGGGGCGGCCAUCCGGCGAUGGCCCGCACGGUGAUGCGUCGAAUCAAAGACACAGCGGCCAUGGUUCUGGUCUUGUGGCUGUUUUCGUGCAUCGAGUAUGCCAUGACACGAGUCUUUAGCUCAGGUGCCCUAGCCUACGCAGUCGGGUCAAUGCUGCUGUCCGCGGCUGGGGAUGGAGCUGUCGAUGGAGCUGCCGCUGCCAAUCGUGCAGUCUUAGAAAGGGCUCUCACGCAGGACAGUGUCUCGGCUGUCCUGCUGGCCUGGUCGCAGCUCGUGGCGUAUCCGAUCUGGGGCAUCUUCCCGCUGCUCUGCACAGCCGUGGGGGCCGCCGUUGACCGUCGCCAGCCAGGCCUGCUCGUUGCCGUUCUGGCUGCCUCUGCCUCCAUGUAUGCACUGCUACAAUACCGUUCACGGCUGUACAUCGCCAUCGAGACAAGCGGGCUCUUUGUCGUGCUUACCUUUUCCGCACUUUCUGGCAUACUCCUGGCGGCAGAUGCGCGCUGCAAGAGGACACUAAAGGAUAAAUCUAGCAGUGGGGACAGGAACGGAAAGAAGAAGAAAUUAUGA